AUGGCCAAACAACCGCCUACCGACAUUACGUGUAUAAACGAGGUGGACGAUAUUUCCACUUUUCAAAAUAACGAUAUUGACGUUAUUACAAAACCUCAGUUUAAUAACGACCUUGUCGAAAAGCUACACAACUCACUAUACAACUCACGUAAAGCGACCUGUUCAACGAUAUAUCCGGAAUUAACGGAGGGUGAGGAAACGCCCAAGAUGGAAAACGGGGACACUGGCAGUAGUAGUUCGAGUGGAGAACAUGUCAAUGAAGGUUUAACAUUAUGGAAUAGGAGGCGAGAGAUGUGGAUUAGAGGAAACAUGGACAAUUCGGGGCCUUCAUCCAACCGUAAUAAUCCAGCAUUGGCCAAUAUCACGCCAAAUAAUUAUCAUUCGAUAUAUGAUUCGUUGAUUCAUGAAAAGAAAAAGUUGGCGAAACCAGUUCCGUUGCCUUACGUGAUAAAGAUAUUAGUGAGCGGAUGGAAAAGAGACGGAAUUUUGCCUAGUGAUCAUCCUUCUGGUCCUCCUUCCGGUCCAAACAAUCAACACACCCCUUACUAA